GUUGUUGGUUAUUAACGACAAGUUAUUUUCAGAUUAAUAUGGUGGCACUUACAUCUGCCAUAAAGGGAAAGUUUGGGUUUAUUGGGAUAACCUCUUAUCUGAUCGGAAUGAUAAUUGGUUCUGGAAUUUAUAUCACUUCAAAUAAAAUAUUUAUCAGUGUUGGCUCUUGGGGUCCCGCUAUCCUGGUCUGGAUUAUUGUUGGGAUAUUAUCAAUGGUUGGAGCACUUUGCUUUGCAGAGCUAGCAGCUGCAUAUCCCAGGCAAGGAGGAUCAUACAUCUACAUAAAGAAGGAACUAGGAUGCUUCCCUGGAUUCAUUUAUGUCUUUACAAGAACAGUAAUGCUCAAUCCAAUGUCUCAGGCAGUAAUGACUAUAGCAUGUGCAACUCAAGUUCAGAUUGCCAUAAAGCCCUGUACAAACACUGUUCCAACCAAGUUUAUUGCCUGCUGUCUAAUUCUAUUGAUGUUCUGGCUUCACAGCUUCCACGCAAAACUUAUAACAAAGUUUAAUGCCUUAAUUACUUUCAUUAAGGUUUUAACCAUUGUUGGAGUUUUUAUUGUGGCGAUUGUUUAUUUGGCGAAAAAUCGGAUUAGUCUAACUCCAGCUUUUCAAGAAGUAUCUUCUCAACCCUCGGACUGGGUUUCAGCUUUCAAUGGAUGUUAUUGGUCAUACGCAGGCUGGCAGUCACUGUCUGUCGUAAUAGAAGAAAUCAAAAACCCAAGGAAAACUUUCCCAAUAACAGUUGUUACAGGAGUUGGAAUAGUGAUAGUUGCGUACGUUCUUGCAAACAUGUCCUUUUUCAUCGUACUAACACCACAAGAGGUGAAAUCAUCAACAUUUAUCUUAAACACAUUUGCAGCAAAAAUAGCUGGAUUUUCUCUUGAAGUUCCUUUUUCUAUCCUUGUAUUCUUCUCCCUCUUUGGUUCAUACUUGGGAACUGGAUUGGGUUCAGGACGGUAUAUAUUUUCUGCAGCUAGAGAGGGUGAUCUGCCACGCCCACUUUCCCUUCUACAUUGGAAACUCAACACUCCUAUACCAGCUCAGGCGACUAAUAUGAUUCUCAGUCUAAUAUUUAUUGUCAUCACUGAAAGCAUUGGAGUUCUUCUUGGACUAUUUGUAUUUGUAAGCAUAGCUCUAGAUCUUCUUGUAAUACUCAGUCUCUUCUUCCUUAAGUACAGGAUGAGAAAUGUGCGAAGAGAAUAUUUUCAAGUCAAUGUUUUACUCCCAGUCGUCUAUUUUGUGUUUGUGCUUGCAAUAUUAGUUGCCUCUUUUCUAAAGGGGAUAACAGAACUGAUCUUAGUUCCCAUUGUAUUCCUGGUGGUUGGGUGUAUUGUUUACCUGGUUUUUAUUAAAUACAAGCUGGUCAACCCAGACACAAGCAGAAUAGAAGCUCUCAUGUGCCAGGCAUUUCUACUAGUCUAUCCUAGCUAGCUUUAAGUAAUUCUGUAAAUAUGUAAAAUCAAAUUAAUAUAAUUUUGUAAAUAAAGUUAACGUACUUAGA